CUUGAUAUUUUGAAAUCCCAUUGACAGGAUCGUCCAUUGAUUAUUGUUGUAUUGUGAAUGAGAGGGAAUUCUGUACUUAUCUAACAGUUGCAUACUAUCACAAACUCUCUUCAUAAUUCGUAAUAUUCUUUUAAUAUAGUCUUAUGCCUUCUUGUAGAUUAUGGUGCAGGCAUUGAAAUAUCUUUCAUGAUGGAGAAAACCAUUAGGACUCGAUUCCUCUUUUCAUGACUGGAUAGAAUUUUACGGUCAUAUCUUUUAUUGACUUAUAUAAAUACGAUAAUCUCCAAUCAUUAUUGCUUUCCCCACUUAAUAUUUUUCGAAAAAUAACAUUUUCAGGUUUGUCUAUCAUGAUAAUAUAAAUAUGGCUGUACGUAAACCUGAGUAAUACCUACGACUCUGUAUUUGACUUUUGCUUGAUUAGAACCAGUGAAAAUAUUAGAAGCUUAAAAUGUAGAAACAAGAUUAGGUCCCAUUGGUUUUUUGUAUUCAGGUAUUUCAAAUGGAUCCCAUUAAUAUGGCCAUGGCAUCUGUAAUGCAGCAUCUGCAUGAUUGUAGAAAGUUUUUUUAAAUAAAGCCCAAGUUCUAUGGAAUAUAUUCACAUAUCUGUGCUUUAAGACACACCUCUCCCCAUCCCACAAAAAGAGCACACCAAGCAUAUACCCGAUGUAAAACAAGCGAAGGUAAUUCUUCAUUAUCCAUUUAAUCUAGUUGAAAACAUAUUACUCUACAGUGUUUACUUGUAUAGUUUUUUACUUCAAAACACACCAAUAAAAAUGAACUACUGAAAAGAUUGUUUUUGACUAAACUAACUGUACUUAAAUGUUACUAAUCAUACUCCAUAAUAUGAUAUUUGCAGUAACGGAUAGGGUGAGACCAAUGCAUGUGAGGUAGAAGAGUUUCUCCAACACGACGAAUAGUGGUUCUCCAUCAAUGGCAUCCCCAAUGCAUCGCCAUUCACGCACAGGUUCAUCUGGCAUUACAAAUAUGAAGAGACCACAGAAUACGAAAGCUGCUGCUCAGAGGCUUGCUCAGGUUAUGGCACAUCAGCCAGCUGAUGAUGAUGAAGAGGAGGAUGACCUUAUGUAUGACUAUAGCCCUCCAAUUCCGUCAGCUGGAAUAGGACUUGCAGGUGGACGGCCAACUAGACACCGUUCGCCAAUGUCAGUCCGUACCUCUGUAGAAAAAACACCAUCUUCUCGUUCAACACCAGGUGCAAGAACAUACGCAACUGUCAACUCUCUGGAACAGCAGCCUUCAUCAGUUCGUACCUUAGUUGAACAACCAACAUCUGCUCAUUCAACAUCAGGUGCAAGAACAUCUGCAACUAUCAACUCUAUGGAACAGCAGCCUUUAUCAGUUUGUACCUCAGUUGAACAGCCAUCAGCUGCUCGUUCAAUAUCAGGUGCAAGAACAUUUGCAACUAUCAACUCUGUGGAACAGCAACCGUCAUCAGCUCGUUCACUCUCACUUCUUCAAUCAUCUCAAAACAAGUCUGCAGAACAACUUUCAUCUGCCUACUCUUCUGUGGCUGGUCAUUCAUCUGAACCCACAGACUCAGUUGAAGAAGCACAGCCACCAUCUGCUCGCUCUUAUAUCGGAAGAUCAUCUUCUAGUGUCAACCUUGCGGAACAACCUCCAUCUGCUCGUUCUGUGGCCAGCAUCCGUCCAAAUUCAGGGGGCAAGACUAUUUUCAUGGUACCUCCAAGUGUACCUCUUUCAGUCAAGCCAGCAGUAUCUGGAAUUCCAACAGAGACUCAACCUGAUAAAAUUAGAGACAAAAGGUUAUCUUUAGAUUUUGGGACUUUUAAAUAUAGAGAAACUGGUGACCAGCAGCUAUCUUCUUCUGCUCUACAAGAUGAGCUUGAUAUGCUUCAAGAAGAAAAUGAAAGUUUACUGGAAAAGCUUCGAAUUGCAGAAGAAAGGUGUGAGGAGGCAGAAGCACGGACUAGGCAACUCGAGAAACAAAUCGCAAGUCUAGGAGACGGUGUAUCUUUAGAAGCUCGUCUUUUGAGCAGGAAAGAAGCAGACCUUCAGAAAAGGGAGGCUGCUCUUAAAGUUGCAACAGAAACCUAUGGUGGAGCAGGCGAGGAGCUUGCAGCCCUUCGAAUGGAAGCCGAGACUGCCAGGGAUGAAGCUACAUCAGCUUUGGAGCUGCUUCAUGAUGUUGAGUGUGAAGUUAAAUCACUACGCACAGUCACUAAAAGAGUAAUCUUGACUAAAGAAGAGAUGGAAGAGGUUGUUCUCAAGAGGUGUUGGCUUGCUCGAUACUGGAAUUUGUGUGUUCACUAUGGUGUUCAUGCAGAGAUAGCUGGUGCAAAAUACGAAUACUGGUCAUCCUUUUGUCCCCUUCCGACUGAAGUGAUAUUGGCUGCUGGACAGAAAGCGAAAAACGAAAACUCAAUUGCAGUUAACAAUGACGCUGAAGAAAGGGAGAAAGGUCCACGAUAUACAAAUGAUAAUUCAGGAGAUGCCAGCAUUGAGAGCAUGCUUUUAGUGGAGCAAGGUCUUAGGGAACUGACGUCGCUCAAGGUAGAGGAGGCAGUUGCCAUAUCAAUGGCCCAACAGCGACGCCCAAGUGCAAUAAAAUCUAAUGAUGAAUUGAAGCUACCAAUUGAAGGGCAGGAUUUUUCAGAAGCAUUUGAAAGCAUACUUGUUUCAGAGUUGAGCAAAGAGGAGGCUGAAGAUGUUUUCAUCAAGCGGGCGUGGUUGACAUAUUUUUGGAGAAGAGCAAAAAAUCACGGCUUGGAACCAGACAUAGCAGAGGAACGUGUACAGUUCUGGAUCAACCAGGGAAGUAAGGCACUAACUUCACAUGAUGCGGUCGAUGUCGAACGUGGUCUAAUGGAGCUUCGGAAGUUAGGAAUCGAGACCAAAUUGUGGGAAGAAUCGCGUAGAUUGAUUGAUCCAGACUCCGAGCGCAAAUCGCAACUAGACAUUGAAUUUUAAUAAUAAUUUAGCAGAGAUUUUCUUUGAUCAUCUCUCACGACUAUUUACUUUCCUUAGUCUUCCUGUAAAUUCCAUUCAUUUGUUCAUCUAUACUUAUUCUAAGUUUAUGAGUCUAUUUUUAUAUGAUGAUUGUUUCGAAUUUUUGUUCGAAACUUGUAAGAACAGAGAUUCUAAAUAUGUACGUGUAUCUGAAGUUGAAUGAACAUCAUUUUUUU